AUGCAGUUAGCAUCAACAGCAGACAAUGUUCUACAGGAGGUCUCGGAUAUGCUAGAAGAAUUGACCUUGACUCUGCCGCGCUUGAAGUUCUACGAGAAAACUGUAUCAAUGGACACCGAGAUGGAGACAUCAUUAUUGACUGUCUACCAAGAAGUGAUUUGUUUUUAUGCCCGCGCCAUUCAUUUCUUUCGCACCAACAAACACUACCUCCGCGGUGACUUCCAGCGAACCAUCAAGCGAAUCAAGCGCCUGUCUAGCAAUAUCGAGAGCGAGGUUGAGCUGACUCGAAUGCGACUUGACAAUCAGAAAUAUCACGAGGUACUUGAUUUGAUGGCAAAAUUCCAACCCCAGUACGCAGCGGUAUAG